CUAAAAUGAUUCAAAUCGGUGUAAAAUAAUGUGACUUAGCUUUUUCUUCAGAUGCAAAUCUUUGCUUAGUUGGGAAGUAUGUCUAGUAUAGCAAAGAUUCUAUGCACUCCAUGUGUAAGAGAAGAUAAAAAUGUGGACGCUGUUAAAUACUGCGUGGAAUGCAAUGAAAAUUUCUGUAGAUCAUGUUUAAGGCAGCACAUUAAACAUUUUUCGAGCGUUUCGCAACAUCAUAAACUUCUGAACAGAGAUGAGAUGCCAGAGUGGCUUUCAGCGCCGCCAAAGGAAGUGGAAAAUAAAUGUACAAGGCACCCAGAAAACCAGCUGGACUCGUAUUGUGCAGACCACGAUUUAGUAUGUUGCGGGGCGUGCGUGGUGAUCGAACACAGUUCAUGUGAACAUGUAAAAGACCUAUUUUCAAUUGGCGAUGAAGAUGAACCAAAGUCAGAAGUGGAUGUUCUCCUGAAAGAUCUACAAUUCAUGAUCGACAGAUUGAAAUCUCUUAAAGAAAGCCGAAGAAAAGACCAGUCCAACUUGAGAAAGUCUACAGCCGAGUCUUUGCAACGUGUUCGUGAUUUUCGUCAGAAAGUGAACGAAAUAUUUGACAAACUAGAAAAAAAUGCUGUCGAAGAAAUUGAUACUGAAUGUAUUAGAGAAGAUGAUAUCACUGAAUCAGAUAUAAAACAGACUGAAGAUUCGAUAGUUUUAUUAGGAAUGGCUAGUAAGCAAAUCAGAGAUUCGGAAAAACAGGCUGACAAGCCAGAAAUAGAAUCUAGUUUAAAUAUCGUAAAUGGAAAGAAACUGUUAAAAGAUAUGAAACAUGUGUGUCAAGAGUUACAGGGUAAAAGAAAUGUUCAAAUGAUCAAUUUCAAUGUCAAUCAACAAAUCGUGAAGUACAUAUCUGCUUUGACCAGUAUUGGAACAUGCAAAAGACAGUCUGGUAGAAAGAAUGAACCUCGACCCAAGGUGACCAGUUAUCGAGUGGAUGCUGAAGCAGACGAUGCAAUAUGCGAUAUCCAAGACGUUGUUCAGACCGACUCUGGGACAUUUCUUAUGUUAGAUGCUGAAAAUAAGAAAAUGAAGCUCUUUGAUGAAGCUCUCAAUGCCAUCAAAUCGUUUGACUUGAUAGGUGACAACAAAAAUGGGACGACUAAACAGUACACAUAUGAACCAUUCGCCAUAUGCUGCAUCACUGAUAAUCAAAUCGCCGUGUCAAUGGUUCGGGAUAAAAUUAUAAACCUGUACAACAUCGGAGAUGUGCUAGAAACGGCAAAUGAAAUUGAUGUGGGUGAAUACUGUCGUGGACUUGCAUACAGCGCAGAGAAAGAAGAAAUCUACGUUGCUUGUGGUGGCGGAUCAUACACCAGAGAAGGUCUUGGACAUAUACGCAUCUAUAGUAUGAACGGGGAGCUGCUGAGAGCAAUUAAAAAAGCCCAAGAUGGAAAAAUACUUUCACCACAACCAAUGCAUCUUGCUUUCAAUAUUGACGAAUCAAAGAUAUUCAUAGCUGAUAAUUAUAAAGGAGUCAUUGCGGUCGAUACAGACGGAAAGAUGCUGUCAACUUUUACGGCACCGGAACUGGCAGAAGCACGUGGCAUUUGCGUUGAUGUCAAUGAUGACGUCAUUGUAUGUGGAUAUGUCUCAAACAACGUUCUCAGAGUACACGGCGAUAUGAAAACAUAUGACAUACUAGUAACAGAAUCGGAUGGAAUAAAAAAUCCCCAGGCACUUGAAUACAUGGUGGUGUCAUCAAAAUGUUUAAUUGCUUCAAACUGUAUGAAUACGGUUCAUGUUUUUGAUAUUUAAAUGCAUAACGAAACGUUUAGAGAAGCUAUAUCUUAGUUUAAAUCACUUGCCCCUCAUCGGCGUGGGUUCGAAAUCCCGCUUCUAGGUCUAGGUCUCCAGCAGGGGUUUGACUAUAUGGAAGACAGAUAGAUACGUGUGAGAAAGUCAUCCAGCUGGCGAACAGAAGAUCGGCGGUCUAUCAGGUACUCGCCCAUGCCUUAAACAAUGUCUGUAGGGGCAUCUUGUGUCUUCACUGCAUUGUCAGAGAUCUGUGACGUAUGGCGACUUUAUCUCAGUUGACUGCUCGUUUUAAUCUAAGUCAUGACGUUACGUGAAAUCUGUGAUAAUCCUCUGAACACCGAAAUCCUCUGAAAACCGGACUUCAGACUUGGCUCGGAUAGGGUCCGGUUUUCAAAGAUUCAACUGUACAUGUUUCUCGUCUAGCGGACAUGAUGCUUCUGUAUUAUUUCUGUAGAUUAAGUCUGUGGUAUGAAAUAUCAAAAAUUGAAACAAAUGCUUAAUGAUCAAAAUACAUGUAUUUGACAUUAUUUCAUAUUUGUUAG